AUGACCCGUUUUAUUGGCAUUAGCUCACAAUUUACAAAUGAAUCUAUUCAUGAACGGAUUUUGCUGCUGCUUGCAGCUCUGCUCUUGCCACAUUCUGAGGCAGCUUUGGCACAGGGUAUUUUCAAGGACCCAGCGCAUCCAGGCAAAUGUGUGGUCAAACCAAAUCUUAUAUUGAAUCCUGGACAAAAUGCCAGAUACCCAGACAUGGAUUGUGCUGGGAUCAUGUGCGGAGAGAACAGUCAUGCCACCAUAAGCACGUGCUUUACUUCGGCUUAUCCACCUAAUUGUAAAAUAGGUCAACCGAAGUACCCCAAUGCCGAUUAUCCAGAUUGUUGUGAACGUCAUGUAACUUGCACCAAAUAAACGAAAUAGGUCACGCUCUCAGGCAAUUCUCCUCUAUGUAUAAAUAGAA